AUGCCAACAUGCAAUCAUUGCGUUCCUCAAAACUGCGAGUUCGCCCAGUGGGGCAAAUGGUACGAUGCCGGAGGAUGCACCGGCUUGUGCUUUCGUCAUAGGGCACUUGCCCAGCCGAACAACGAGUGUGGACGACCUUGCAGCGGGGUUCAGGAAGACACCAAGCCGUGCUUCAAAACAGAGUGUGGACGGAAGCCCGAGGAGGACGCGAUGUUCGGCUCCUGGUCCGAGUGGGGCUUGUGCGAUUCCGGCCAGAGGGACCGUCACCGUGAAGUGGCGACGCAAGCGGCUCAUGGAGGGCGCUCUGUGGAAGGGCCACUGCGCGAGGUCCAGCCGUGUGGCCAGGGCCACGUCGUCGACUGCGAGAUGAACCAGUGGAAUGCCUGGACGACCUGCAGUUGCACCUGCGGUCAGGGAUGGCAUACCAGAGAUCGCCGCAUCAUUCGCUUCUCUGCCAAUGGAGGGAAGCCUUGCGUUGGCUCCACUCGCGAGGAACACCCAUGCAACGAACAACCAUGCAAUGGUCUGGCUUGUCAGUUCAGCCCAUGGUCCAGCUGGGCCGGAUGUGAUGGAUACCGCCCUUUUCAACGAGAUCGCCACCGACGGGUUGAGCAACCAGGUUCCAACGGUGCCGGCUGCAGUGGGACGACUCACGAGAUGGAGGGUUGCACAAGCCACGGUCCUUCUGACUGUGUCAUAUCACAGUGGGAUCAAUGGUCAUCAUGCGACAAGCAUUGUGAUGGAGGUCAGCAGGUUCGACAUCGGAAGUUGAUUCAUCCUGCUCACAGCGGAGGCACGUGCCCACAGUCGAAGAUGAAGCAGAUCCGGGGUUGCAACACGCAGUCGUGCCACUCCAAUCAGAAUGACUGCAUCCUCUCGCCGUGGCGCUCGUGGAGUGCCUGCACGGCACAGUGUGAAGAUGGCGUUCGGAAGCGUGAGCGCGAGGUGCUGCAACGUGCCGGCGAGGGAGGUCGUGGGUGCAGCGGCGUUAUGAUGCAAGUGGUGGGGACCGUGGGAUUCGUGGAGUGGCUGCUCCUGCAGCUGUGGAGGUUUCCCCAAAAGGUGGAGGAGAACUCUGUGAUCCAGUGGACAAGUCCGAAGCAGCUCCAUGUAAUCAGCACAGAUGCUUCGAGCACUGCACCGAUGCCCGGUGGUCAGAAUGGAAGCAGUGGUCCGAAUGCUCGGCUUCCUGUGGCUACGGCUUCAAGUUUCGACAUCGAAGCCAUCAAGUGCAGGCAAAUUCCUGUGGCAGGCCAGCUACAGGCCGUGGCCAGGAGUGGGACGUCUGCGAAGGUUCUGGUGUUGGCAGUGCGGUGUGCGGGGACCGGGAUGGCCGGCUCUCUGCCUGGAAUGAAUGGUCCGACUGCAGCUGCACUUGCUUCGGCAUUCGUGAGCGACAGAGGAUUGUGGAGCAAUACCACUUCGGGAACGGAAAGCCAGCCAAUCCCUUUCGCACCAUUGAAGCAAAUCCAGCCGUGCCAUCCAGGCCCCCGUGAGCUAGCUCCCAGUGAGUGUGUUCACCACCAUGCGGACUGCAAGUUGAGCCAGUGGAAUGAGUGGACUGAAUGUCCUGUCACCUGCGGCGGUGGCAACAAGAUGAGGCUGCGGUACAUCUUCACACCGGCCUCAAACAACGGACGCCCUUGCGAGGCCGCCUUGAGAGAGACGACGCCCUGCGCUACCAAUCCAUGUGGGGAGGGUUGCGUGGAUUGCCUGUGGGGCCAUUGGUCCGAAUGGGGCGCGUGUUCCAAGUGCGGUGAUCAGAGAUUCAGACAGCGUGACAUCAUGAAACUCGCCAACCACUGCGGCAAGAGGUGCGAGGCUCGAGAUGCCAAGGAGGUGUCCAACUGCACCAGUCAAUGUGACAGCAUGAGCUUCUGCGUGUGGAAACCAUGGACGUCAUGGAGUGGGUGCAGUGCGGACUGCGGCCCGGCUACAAGAUUGCGCGAGCGGUCUCUAGGCCUUGUGCAAAGCAAACCCAACGAGUACCUCUUCAAGGUGGCGCACGAUUCAUACGCAGGUCUUUGUGCCGGGACACAGACGGACACGGAAGCCUGUCCGACGAGGCCUUGUGACAAUCGCUGCGUCCCAACAGAUUGCACUUUCUCGCCGUGGGGCGAAUGGCAUCAACCCUCAUGCAUCGGCCUUUGUACCAGGUCCCGCAGCAUUGCUGUCGUGAACAACGAGUGUGGCGAGCCUUGCCAUGGCCCCUUAGUUUCCACCAAGAGGUGCCUUGAGGAGUGCACGGAGGUUCUGGAUUGUGAGUUUCGUAGCUGGUCACACUGGUCCCAGAUGGAUCGCUCCGGGCCAGGAGCACUGAGGUAUCGUUCGCGCGAGGUGAGUCAGAUGCCCAGGAAUGGUGGAAAGCCAUGCGAAGGCGACAUUCGGGAGGUUGACUCCUUCUGCGAAGAGAACGACCACCUUCAGCAUUGCCGACUCAUCCCCUGGUCUGAUUGGGUAAGCUGCAGCAAAACUUGCGGAGGCGGCUGGCAGCUCCGCACGAGGGCCGUAGCACAGCCUGCACGAAACGGAGGACAACCUUGCCAAGGAGACCUGUCCGAGGGGCAGACCUGUGCAGAAUUCCCAUGUCAGGAAGGGGACUGCGUUUUGGCUCCAUGGAGCAGCUGGGGCGAUUGCUGGGGCGGACAAAGGACACGAAGCCGUCGUGUGCAGCGGGAGGCUACCGCUGGAGGGCGACCAUGUGGUGGUCCUGGCAGCCCCGUACUUUUGGGUGAAACUCGGCCGUGCAGCCAACAUGGCAUGGACUGCCAGGUCUCUGCAUGGAGCGCCUGGGAUUCCUGCGACAAGUCAUGUGGUGGUGGUGAGCAGCAGCGACACCGGCAGGUGCAAGUCUACCCGAUGCACGGCGGCUUGCCGUGCCCGACCUCGCUGCGAGAGCUCCGUGCGUGUGGAAGCUACUCCUGCGGAACUGUGGAUUGCGAGGCAACUGCCUGGACAGAGUGGGGAGCCUGCUCGGUGCAGUGUGGUGCCGGCCAGCAGCAGCGAGACCGACAGAUUGCCAGGUCAGCGCAAGGAGAAGGACGUAAGUGUAAUUUCAUCCUCUCGGAGACUCGUGCAUGUCGGCACACUGGCGGCGGGUCAAUGCCUGGCUGCGGCAUGGUCAAUUGCCUCUGGGGUGACUGGUCGAGCUGGAGUGGCUGCACAUGCUCCUGUGGUGCGGGCCUUGUCCCGUCCCUUGCUGCCCCACAGUACGGCCAGCAGUUCACAUCUGCAUUCGAGCAAUCUCCCCAUCCUGAUAUUGACAUGUUCUACGUAGUGAAUGUUGCUGCAGGCGGUGGCCAGCGCACUCGCAAUCGACACAUCGCUCAAUCGCCUCAGGUGUCGCUUCUGACCAUGCUUCUGACCACAGGUAACAUUAGGGCGGAGGUGGCCGAUGCGAAGCAAAGCACAAAGAGGAGAUCGGCCCUUGCAACACGCACAGCUGCGCAGAGACUGCCUGCCGCGAUGGAGCCUGGGGCGAGUGGCAGGAGUGGUCACCCUGCUCUGCCUCCUGCACCGGAGGUUUACGAUACCGUCAUCGACGGAUGGAGCACGAGGCCAAUGAAUGCGGCCGACCUGCCGAAGGAUUCUCGCGGGAUGUGGCCAUCCUGGCUCGCUUGGGCCGUUGGCAAUCAUUGUUGGCAGCGCUUGGGUGGGGAAGGCGAUGAAAGGGGUAAGGAGUUUAUGCAGAGCUGGAUGAUACUGGAUGGUCGGAGAUGGAAUGAGAUGGUACAUGGCCGGGGCAGGGGUGAGUGGUGUGUUGGUGCCACCAAGGAGACUUCCCCGUGUGCCCCAAGCCCAGGGGCCCCUGCGCCCAUCGCUUGCCAGCCUGUGCAUGCGCGAGACUGCAUCAUCAGCCAGUGGUCUUCCUGGGGCCAGUGCGACGUCACCUGCGGUGGUGGCCAGUCCAUGCGCGAGCGGAGUGUAGACCACGAGGCAAGGGACACACCGUGA